AUGGAGGGUUGUUUGAGGAAUUUUGUUCGCCGUGUGAGCCCCAAGGAAUGGGCAACCAAAUCUACAGAAAAGGUUAAAAGUGCACAAAAGAAAUGUGUGACUUUGCGGCGCGUUUUGGCGAAAAACACGGAUGAGUUUUGUAAAAAUACUACUUUGCAUGGCUUGAAAUAUGUCAACAACCAGUCUUUGCAUCCGGCCGAGCGUUCAUUCUUCAUAAUAUCGGUUAUAGUUGUUUGUAUUAUAUCGGUGUUCUAUAUAAUGAAGGUGUACGAUAAAUGGGCCACAACACCGGUUAUUGUUGGUAUAAAUCCCGAACCGAACUUCGUUACAAAUAUACCUUUUCCGGCUGUAACCAUUUGUAAUUUGAAUCAGGCAUUGAAAUCGAAGGCAAUCGAAGCGAAUAAAAAUCCCAAAAGACGAGCUAUGCUAAAGCUAUUGUGUAAAAACGAGUCCGAUGAGGAGCAAUCUACGAUUAGCUAUAAUUGGAGUAAUUUGGAAAGCAUAAUAAUGAAUAUUUCGCAACCCUGUGAGAAUAUGAUGGUAGCCUGUCGUUUUGCGGCCAAUGAAUAUGACUGCACUAAAUACUUCAUACCGAUUAUAACCGAUGAGGGUCUGUGCUGUGUAUUCAAUAUGCUGCAUCCGAAAUUCAUGUUUAUAUCGCACAUACCGCUUAGCAUGCGCAACAUACCGGAACGUGACUUUCAGCCCAUUGAUUGGUAUGCCGAACGUGGUUAUCCAUCUGAUCUACCAAACAAAUAUUAUCCACGCCGUAUAGCGGGUACUGGGGAGUCAUUGGGCCUUUCCAUCACGCUUGACGUGGAGGCUGACAAAUAUUACUGCUCGUCGACAAAUAGUGUGGGCUUCAAGCUUUCUUUACACAGCCCGAACGAAUCGCCCAACGUACACGAGACUGGUGUGUUGAUUGCCCCCGGCAAGGAGACUAAAGUACGCGUACGCCCUGACAAGACCGAAACGACACAAAAGCUCCGUUCUGUGGAUACCAAAUACAGACGUUGUCUGUUCCAUGAUGAACGCAAGUUACUUUACUUUGCACACUACACCCAGCGCAAUUGUGAAAUGGAAUGUGUUGCUAAAAUGCUAUUACAACACUGUGGCUGCAUAAGCUUUUACAUGCCGAAGAUCUACAAGAAUUCGACGAUCUGCAACAUACGUUCCUUGCACUGUGUGGAAAUGGUGCGGUUACGUAAAGAUCCGACGAUCGGUUCGUGCCUGGACGCUUGUUGGCCGAGUUGCUACGAUUUGACUUUCCUUGUAGAUGGUUUUGCUAUACCGUUAUGGAGCGAUGAAUUCUUUAUUGAAAAUAAGCGUGUGCAACGGUACAACAAGAGCUAUGCCCAAAAAAACAUAGCGGUGGUUAACAUGUACUUCAAAGAGUACUCCUUUCGCAGCAGCAUACAGACGGAAUUCAUAGGCAUCACAGAUUUUUUGUCUGCCGUUGGUGGACUGAUGGGCCUCUUUUUGGGCUUCAGCUUCAUCUCCAUUGUCGAGUUGGUGUACUAUGCCAUUAUACACCCCAUACGCACUUUACUGCAGUUCGAGUGCUCAAAGAAGCCGGCUCUCGAAGAAAAGCUGAUCACGUGUGACAAGACUACGGUGUGCCGACAGUGGUCGUCAGUGCAGCGCUACAAAUGUUUGCGAAAGUACUUACGUCUACGUGCGAUUUAUGGCAAAUCAAAUAAGUCAACCAAACAAAGAACAGGUUACAAACGUUUGGCCAAUAACGCCGUAAAAUGUGUAACGGAGACCAUGAAGAUCGAACAGGACAUAAGGAAGUAGAGUUAAGCGGAUGGAAUAAAGGUUUAGUAACGUUGAAGCGAGCUUUUAUGACAAGAAGUUACUAUACGACGCAGCCAUUACUAGCACACAUUAUAUAUACUUAUUCAUUUCCAAAUUCAACUGGAACUAUUACUUACACAUUAAUUUAUGUAAUUAACACUUGAAGAACAUCGAUAUAUGUAUGUGUUUUUCGUACACUUAAGUCACUUUUAAUAUUGUCCA